UACAAAGAGGGGAAGGACUGCGUGUAGAAACCCCACAGGAAAGGUGAGGGUCCGGUGUGAAGACGUGGCUGCUCGUAAAAAGAAAAACCAAAUAAAAAUGUCUGACUGCUUUUUCUUUUUCCUCACUUCACAGACUUCCUGCUGUUCAUUUGCCAACACUGAGUGUGCUUCUGUCCAUCCACCUGCUGCAGCGCACUUCUGUCUGCAUAAGGCUUCCAGGGAUGGAGUCGAUGUCCGCACAGCUUCGAGACGCGGGACGAGACGCCAGCUCUUCCCCCGGUUCAAAGCAGGACGCGCAGAGCUUCUCCAGGCCCAGCUCCCUCAAACCAAACCAAGUGAGUGAGACCUCGCUGUACGGGGUGCCCAUCGUGUCUCUGGUCAUAGACGGUAAAGAGAGACUCUGCCUGGCACAGAUUUCUAACACCCUGCUGAAAAACUACAGCUACAACGAGAUACACAACCGCCGGGUCGCUCUGGGCAUCACCUGUGUGCAGUGCACACCCGUCCAGCUGGAGCUUCUGCGGCGCGCCGGGGCCAUGCCCAUCUCCUCCAGGCGCUGCGGCAUGAUCACCAAACGGGAGGCCGAGAGGCUCUGCAAGUCCUUCCUGGGAGCGCACUCCCCCCCGAAGCUGCCAGAAAACUUCGCAUUUGAUGUGUCUCAUGACUGCGCCUGGGGCUGCAGGGGCAGCUUCAUCCCCGCCAGGUACAACAGCUCCAGAGCGAAGUGCAUCAAGUGCAGCCUUUGCAACAUGUACUUCUCCCCAAACAAAUUCAUUUUCCACUCCCAUCGCACCACAGAGUCCAAGUACCUGCAGCCGGACGCGGCCAACUUCAAUUCGUGGAGACGCCACCUGAAACUGACGGACAUAAAAUCUGAGGACAUUAUCCACGCGUGGGAGGAUGUAAAGGCCAUGUUCAACGGGGGGAGUAGAAAAAGGACUCUGCCCAUGAACGGCUCGGGAAUGUCCUCGUCGAUGAAGUCACAGGCCUCGUCCAGUCUGGCCCAGUCACGUUCCCCUGAGGUCCCCCACAAAACUUUACGGUGCGACGAGGAUCAGGGGAAUAAUAACCUGAGUUUGGCGAGCGGCGCACGGACCUACCCAGUCAUCCCAGUGCCCAGCAAGAACUUUGGCAUGCUCCAGAAAAUCCCCCCACCUUUGUUCCCCCACCACCCGUAUGGCUUCCCCAGCUAUGGGCUCUGUCCGAAAAAGAGCGACGGUGUGCCUGAUGCGAACAAAACCAAUGUCUCCAGCGUGUUUUGGCCUGCCGCGAAGGACACCCUCUACCCUGCUUUCUCAAUGUUUUGGCCUACAGCUGGUGGCCUACCCAUGGCUCCCUACCCGGGGUCUCCACCCAAACUCCCUCCAGAGAUGCCAGGCAUCCGUCAGGGCGAGCUUGACUUAUCGGACCAAAGCGACCGGUGCGCAAACACACCCAAAGACACCAAUCACCACCCACACCACCAGCAGGACUGCGGAGAGCGCUGUUCCAGCUCCCAGUCCUCCUCCACCAGGAAUGACGAGGACAAGUCGGGGGAUGAGACCUCCCAGAGGAAAAUCAGCUACGUCUCGGCCUUCAGACCCGUGGUUAAAGACGCGGAGACCAUCGCCAAACUCUACGGCAACCGGGACAGCUACGGCGUGCGCCCUGGCUGCCUGUCCCCGGAUUUUAUCAGCGAGAGCUCCAGUUACAGGUCGAUAUCACCGGACAGAGAAAGCGUGGUGAACGACGACGAGCUGGACGUGGACGUGGAGUCCAACCGUGGACAAGACGAGGAUGAUCCGGCCGAGAUCUCGCCGGGAGGGGAGAAAGAUGACUCUCCUGUGCCGGACCGGAUCUCUUCGGGUGCUGAGGAGAGCCAGGACCAGCCUGAUGUCUCCAGCCCCGCAGCGGAAGCAUCAGCGGAGGACUCCGCGCACACUGGGUCAUCAGAUGAGGACAGACGGAUCCGUAAUGGCUCUCCUCUUCAUGAAGUGUACGCUCCUGAAAAGGACGGCCACGUGCUGCUGAACGAGCCUCCGUCGUUUGGCUCCAAACAAUCGAGCAGAUCCGACGGUGUUCAUCAUGUGUCUGAAAUACACAACCACCACGAGGAGCAAAGGGACCGACAAGCCGAUGGAGCUUUACGCAUCGACAUCAGCAUGCACGAAAGAAAUCUGGAGAACAUGGCCAAAGAAGAAUUGCAGAAGCAGCUUGCAGAACAAGUUGAGCUGAGGAAAAAGCUGGAGAGAGAAUUUCAGCAUUUAAAAGAUAAUUUUCAGGAUCAAAUGAAGCGUGAGCUGUCCUACAGAGAGGAAAUGGUCCAGCAGCUGCAGAUUGUUCGAGACACUUUGUGCAGCGAGUUGGACCAAGAGAGAAAGGCUCGUUAUGCAAUACAGCAGAAGCUAAAAGAAGCUCAUGACGCCCUUCACCAUUUCUCCUGCAAGAUGCUCACCCCUCGUCAGUGUACCGGAGCCUGCACCUUCAAACCCCCGCUGCUGCCCCCAUAGUGCCCGGCAUGAUGCUGCACCUGACCCCAGCACAGCCAAAAAAGAAAACACACAACACACACACACACAUGCGCGUCCGGCUCGCCUCGAGACCUCUCAUGUGUUCGCCUCCCACUUACAACCUGAGGAUUACCAGCCUGCGGUAUAAAUACACACUGAUUUACACACAAGACAUCAAGAUACCCCCUCCCUACACACACACACACACACACAAAACAAAAAAAACUCUUGAGCAAAAGAGAUCAGGAUUUAUUCAAACACGCAGUUUAUAUUUUACGUUGUGAAUCGGAGGAUUGUCGAUCUGAAACUGCAGAGCUCAAACCGAGGAGUCUCACUCUUAAUCAAAGUCGUCUACUCUUUAGCUAAAGAAAGAAAAAAAACCAACACGUUAUACACGUUAUACAUAUAAACAUACAUAUGUAUGUAUGUAUAUCACGUGACAAUGUGCAAUGGCUUGUAUAAUUGUGAUAUUAAGUUCAAAAUGUGUCUCAUUCUUUAUCUUCUGUUGCUGGUUUGAAUGUCUUGAGUUUUUACAUGUAUUUGUUAAUUUAUUUGUCUUUGGUUUAAUUCAUUCGUUUAGGUUCUUUGUAACACUGUAUGUCGUUAAGCACUUUAAAUGGGCAACAUUUCUGAAUUUGAACAUGCCGUCCGAAACCAAAUUCUUUUAUCAAAAAUGUGAGGAUCUUUAUGUUUAUAACAGAGCACAUUAUGAUGAGCACUUACUUCAACAAGCGUCACAAUAAAAGAUUUUCUUUCACCGAGUGUGAAGUGAUAAUUAGAGAAGAACAACCGUUUAUAGAUGUACAGUUUAGACUAGUUUAACACAAAUCUAACCCCAUAAUCUCCUCUGUUCCAGGGUUUUUUCUAUCAUCACACGCUUCUGUGAGUCACAACAGACAAAACCAAAACUUUUUCCUAUCACGUCAUGGUGUGAUUUUAUAAGAAGACACUCAAUAAAACACGUGUAAUCUGCCAUUCACACAGCUGCAGUUUCAUUUUCUUUCGUAUGUUGAAUUUGGUUUGUAAAAAAAAAUAAUAAAAUAAAAUAAAAAUAAAUAAAUAAACACAAAGAGCAGUUCUAAAAGAAAUAAAUCCUGGAUUCUAACACAAUCUACCCAUAAGUUUCCUAUUUAUGUAUGUACCCAUGUCAAUAUUAAUAAAAUGUG